GAUAACAUGAAAAACAUACCUAACAAGGCGCGAAUAUCACUCUCUCUCUCACACACUUUCACUGUUUCUCUCACAGAACAGAAAGAGAGAGAGAGAGUAGUGAGAGACUCAACUCUCGUGUUUCUGCUUGGUUAGAUUUCGGUAUAAAUGGAUCUCGACAUGGCUGAUGGUAACCAGGACGUUGCGAUCUCAAAGAAACUUAAACAAAGCGAGGUUGUUCUAUGUGAUGUAAUCGAUGCUCAAGCUGAAGUUUUGAUAUGCCAUGGAAAAGCUGAUAUGGGCACCAAGGGAAAAUCAAAAUCUGUUCAUGAUGAUGCAUGGCAACAAGACAUUAAGAAUGCUUCCUCCAGUGAUCUUGGCAAUUAUACCAGUGUAGCAGGAUCAGUGGAUAGUGCUUAUCAUCUCAGGGGUUCAACUUCUGGUUCAACUAAUUCAAACAAUAAUAAUGGUUCCAAUUCUGACAUGUCAUACCAUGAUGAUGAGGUUGGCAAUGAUUGUGAUGAUUAUGCUGACGAAAAUGAUUGUGAUGACCUUGAUGGCUAUUUAUAUUAUGAUGAUGAAGAUGAAGAUGAUUAUUCAGCCAUCCAAUCUCAAUUUGAUAACGUGGAUCUUCCUCCUGGAGUAGAGGCAUCCCUUCCUUGGCUGAAGGAACCAGCUUCGAGUUCAAAUAUGAUAUCUAAUACCAGCACCUCAACUAUUCCUUAUCAUACUAUUCCUAGUCAUACUAAUCAUAAUCAUUCCGAGAGCAAAAUUAUGACAACCACUUGUCUAUCUGAAAACAAAUGGACUGCUUCUGCAAGUAGUUCGAUGUUUCCUGCAGAUUCAAGCUCUAAUGGUGAAGUAGAAGAUAGCGGACAAAACAAUACCAUGCAAAAGUAUAGGAACUUUAAACAAUUUGAUAAUGUGGAAGACUUUUCUGAUCAUCACUAUAGGGGCACCAGUGUCUCUGACCUCCCGCCUCCCAAAAUUUGGGCAAAAAGAAUUCAGGAUGAAUGGAAAAGUUUGGAGAAAGACUUACCAGCUACUAUAUUUGUUAGAGUUUAUGAAACAAGGAUGGAACUUUUGAGGGCUGUCAUUGCAGGACCUGCUGGCACUCCCUACCAUGAUGGCCUUUUUGUCUUUGACUGUAUAUUCCCUCCUACAUAUCCUGAUGCACCACCGAUGGUAUACUACUAUUCAGGUGGGCUUCGAUUGAAUCCAAAUCUGUAUGAAUGUGGAAAAGUCUGCCUCAGCCUUUUGGGCACCUGGUCUGGCAAAGAGACUGAGAUGUGGAUCCCAGGGAAAUCAACCAUGCUGCAAGUUUUGGUCUCAAUACAAGCCCUCAUUCUAAAUGCAAAACCGUUCUUUAAUGAGCCUGGGUAUGAAUCCUCAUAUGUGGGGGCUGAAGGGGAUAAAAGAUCUAAGAAAUACAAUGAAGAGGUGUUCAUUUUGUCCUUGAAGACAAUGAUGUAUACUCUACGAAGGCCACCAAAGCAUUUUGAAGAUUUAGUCAUUGGUCAUUUCCACAAUCUUGCACAUAAUAUUUUGGUGGCAUGCAAAGCUUAUGCAGAUGGUGCUAUAGUAGGUUCUGUUACAGUUAAAGAUGGAGUAGCUGAUGUUGAUAAAGCUGACAUGGGUGCCUCAGGUGAAUUCAAAGCAACUGUAAAAAAGAUGAUAAAUGCUCUUGUUACAAACUUCACAAGGUUUGGAUCGAUCAACUGUGAACAGUUCCGGAUUGAUGACAGAUGAGCAAAGAAGUUGACAGCAUGGGAAGGGGUAGUUGGUUGGCAGCCAAUUUUAGGGCAGCGAUUAUUAUCACAAUUUUGACAAAUUUGGUUGGACCAAUACCAGCUUAAGAAGCCUCGGGUUCUUUAUGAGAUUCUAGGGAUGUGUUAAUAUGGUAGAACAAUGACAGGAUCUUUUCCAGCUGAACACAUUGCACAUUUUGAUUAUAAUUUAUAUAUUAUCUGCCUUCUGGUUUAUAUA